UCCUUCCUCGCAUUUCCUUCCCCUUCAAUUCGUUCCAGCAAUCCGUUGAAGUUACGCCGGAAUCAUGUACGUAGUUAACUCGCCGAUGUGCUGAAUUCCCUCCCUCCGUCGCCCAAAGUUUAUGACUUUUUCAAGAUUCUGUCUCAGGGGAGGUGGGAAAUUGGAGCUUCGUUUUCCGCAGAGAGUUCACUGGAUUGCUUUCGAACCCGAGCCAAACUGGAGCUUCGAGUCUCUGUUGUCGGAGCUCGAUUCGCUCGAGGAGAAGCUUAGUUCGUCGGCCAAUUUGCCCGCACCUUUUGCUAAAAAUCAAUCUCGGGGAUGUACGAAUGGGGAAAAAGCGAAGAGGCUUCCAGCGGCAUUCUCCAUGAGAGUAUCUGACGAGGAGCUGGAAAUUUCUGACGGUGAGGAGGAUGAUAGUCGAGGUUUAGUAGCGGCGAAGCGAAUCAAUUUUGAUAACCCUAAUGCAGGAGAGAAUGAGGAUUCUGGUCAGGAGUUUGGCGCUCUUGAUGUUCAACCUUACUUAAUGGAUGAAGUUGGGUUGGUGGAAGCUGCAUUGUUUGAGCUGAUUGAUGAACAUCAACUUGAACUAAAGGUGGAGAUUAGAAGACGACUAUCGGCAUUGGAGAUGGAGUUGAUGAGAAAAUAUCAAAAGGAUGCUUCAGCAUUUGCUCGUAUUGACAAGUAUAGUGAAGCAAGAAGGGAAACAGACUGGAAACUCAACACCUUGUACCAGCGUAACAUUGCUGAAGCACUAGAUGAUCACUUGACUGCUAUCCAGCGGGAUCAUGAAAUCAAGUCCCAGAUGGAAGAAAGAAGAAUAAGGAUUGAUCUAGAAGAGGCAAAGAGAAAGGAAAAGGCUGUUCACGAAGAGAGACUACAUCAAGACAGAGCCAGAGAAGAAGCGCAUGCUAAACGUAGAGCCGAGGAAGCUAGAAUAGCUGCAUUGGAAGCAGAGAAAAAAGAAAAGGAGGAAGCAGUUGAUAUUGUGAGAGCUUCCGCUUCAGCUCUUCCUCUGGAACAAGGAAGGCUGCAGAAGCUUAGAGAACUCGAAGACCAAAGUCAGUCUCUCAUGUCAAGGUCCAAUAUGAACCUUGACAAGCAUACACGGCCAAUUGGUAGACUGAUAAGACAGAUAAGGGGGAUAGAAGAAAAUGUAAGAACAAAAGCAAGUGAACUUCUAAAGAUCUUCAAGAAUCCUGAGUGCCCCGAGUCCAUCACCGUUGCAGCAUUUGCAAAGAAGGUUGUUGAACAUUGUGAAAACCCUGACAAUGCCGCUUUUGCAUCUGCUCAAGUAAUAGUCCUCAUCAGUUCACAGGUCCCAUAUGCAAUGGAUCUGAUUUUGGCGGAGUUCCAUAAAGCUUGCAUAUACACUGUCCCGAAGCAUAUAGUAUACUCAAAGGCUGCAUUCAGCUCUAAAGAGGCUUAUUACAAAGAACAGCUCGGGUUUAAGGAAGAUGGCGGGCAACUUGAGAGCGUCAAAGAUUACUUAAAACGUAUGGAAGCUUACAUGAGAUUGUACGGAGCUCUGGUUCAGACAGAAACAGUAUGUGGUAAUGAGAACUCUCACGGCCCAGCAGCAGGCUGGUUGUGGCUUGCCAGAUUCCUAAACGCUCUUCCAGCUAAUGCAUUCACUGCAGUGGCACUGAAUGCUUUCCUCCAAACUGCAGGGUUUGUUCUGUAUCGAAAGUACAAGUCCCAAUUCGGGAAGUUGCUGCACAUGGUCUCGAGUCACUUCAUGGACGCACUGAAAACUCGUGAUGAUCCUGACCUGAGGCUCAUAAUCUUGGAGAUCGAAUCGUACAUUCAAGACAGGAGAUACCUACAAGAGCCAGAAGGGAGGAGGAUGGAAGGGAUGCCUUUGCUCUCCAGCCAAAUCGCUUCUGAACAGGAUUACAAUGGGUACAAUUACUACUACUCGCGAUAAAUAUCAGAAUCUGUCAUCGUCGUCAAGGUGGAGAGAAGAAACCUCAUUUGUGAUCUCAUGGAUUGAUGUGCUCUCCUUGUUUAAGGAGCUUGGUUUCACAAGUUUUUCUCUACUUAUUGGAUGCCAGGCUCAAUGCCGGUUUAUUGUGUAUAUAUAUGAUAGGUCAUUGACCAUUCUUGACAAUCUAGUGACAAUUUCAGAAGCUUUGCUAUAGUAAUGUAGACAACCAUCUAAUCAAAGUGUAAAGUCUCAAAGGUUCAAUCUUGAAUUAUCAAAUAAGAGCACUACUACUUUGCUAUAUAGUAUUGGUGCUUUAAUGUAAAACUUGAAGUUGUACCAUAACAUUAAAUGUAUAAGUUUAGGUUGUACCAUAAAGGAAUUUGUAUCAUUAUGUUAUGGUACACCUUUACAACUUGAAGUUGUACCAUCACAUAAAGAUACAAGUUCAAGUUGUACCAUAAAAGAAUUUGUACAAAAAGUAUAGGUACAAUCUGAAGUUGUACCACAACGUUAAAGGUACAAUUUCAAAUUGUACCAUAAAGACAAAAACCUAUAGCACCAAUACUAUAUUGCAUUGUAAAAUUUCUCCGUAACAAAAUGUCCACUUGCAUUCACCUUCGUCCAAAAUUUCAUCAAGUACCCCGUUAACAACCCAUCAAUCCAAACAUGACCAUUGAAAAGAGAAAUUCUAGCGAUUUUAAAAAGUCAAAGAAAAACGAGAAAAAAAAUCUUCUAAUUUGAUUAAAAUUUUUGCAGACAA